UGUUCUCUGCUAGUGCACGGUUUGAAUAGGUGGGCGCUGAUCUCGUGGUGGGGGGCUUUAAGUCGUGUUAUUGAGUUAUUAGCAGAGAGAGACUGUUACAGCGGCUGAACUGAGGCGCUGCACUGACACGCGGCAGCGUGGACGCCGCAGUAGUGACUCCGUGUGAUUUAACUCUGAACUCGAGAGGUUUGAGUGAAGGUCGGUGAGGUGAGGUGAGGUGACGUCUGCUCGGGUUAGUCUGAGGAUCUCAGGAUCUCGGCAGAGGAUGAGCCCCCUGCCGGGAGCGCAGCUGGUCCGGACUCCGCUGCAGCUGUACCGCUACCUGCUGCGCUGCUGUAAACUCCUGCCCUCAGCGGCCGUGCAGAAACACUACAGACACGCAGUGAGGCAGAGUUUUAACAGCCAUGCAGAUGAGGACGACCCGGAAAGAAUCCGUAUGAUUAUCCAAAGGUCUAUUUCUGAUGCUGACUGGAUAUUAGAUAAGUAUACCAAAAAGAAAUGACUUCCAGGUCAGGACAAAAAGGAUAGACCAGCUCUGGCAGAUAGUGGAUCUAAAGCUGGAUAAAGGACAGCUCUGAAGAUCAUGCGGAGAUUUUAAUGGCUGCUGUUGGCCAGUCAUUUAACGUAUUAACAUUAGCUCAAAAAAAUCACACUGGCCAAAGGUCAUAGAAAUGAUGUUGUCGCACAUGACUGACACAGACAGUCACUCACACACUCACACCUAGGGGCAAUUUAGCAUGUCCAAUUAGCCUGACUGCAUGUCUUUGGACUGUGGGAGGAAACCGGAGAACCCGGAGGAAACCCACGCAGACA